AAGUAAAGAUAAGAUUUGAACGUAAUAUUUUUGUGUGCUACUCCAUGGAAUCGACUACGUGAUCACGUGGGGGUUGGUUUUGAUGACAGUGAAUAUAUGUAUAUAUAUUGUUUUAAGAAGAGAAUUGUCAAACAACAGAUGGGCGAAGAUAUGUGGCAACUUUUAUUUACGAAACUUCUUCUAUUUAGCAUUGUGCUCUUAACUGUUACAGUUACUGCUCGUUCAGAGGAUGGAAACUUUGACAAUGAUCAAAUUAGAGCCUCCAGGAUAGAAGGAGACUUGCAGGGUGUGACUACUGUCCUAUUGGUCUCAGCCCGUCCCGGAAAAUCCGUGCCUCCGGUAGGUCUCCUUACAAAAACUGCUCGUACUUUUGUACAAGAUGGAGCUAGUACUGAAUUUGCAACGCAAGUUCUUGGUACUACGUUAGAUAAUGGACGUCUUUAUGCGAGAAUUUUGUCUACCUCAAGUAGAGUAUUUUAUGAUAAAGAAUCUUCGGUAGAUCCUACUAGUCCAUACGUCGUAUAUCCCUCGAGAACAAUAGAAUAUGACUGGCAAUCAAAAGUUGAUUUGACCAAUGCUCCGAUUAAAGCCAUCGAGGAAAUAGAAAUAAAAGAUAAGAAUAAAGAUAUAAUAGAAAAUCAUUCUGAUAAUCAGCGUAAAUUAAACGAUAAUAAGGGGACCAAAAUAUUGGACGAUUUAACCAGAGAAAAUGAUAUAUUUAGUAAAAGAGAAUUGGGCUCUGAACAUCAAAGAUUUAAACCGGUUAAAGUGAGGCCUGCUGAUAAUUUACCAACUUACACUGUCAAACAGGAAUACGUUUCAAAUAAUUAUGAUUUCUUUGAAAAUGAACAACCAAAAACUAGGACACGUCUUCCAAAAGUUUUUAAACCAACUGUAAAACCUACGCAGAGAAAGUUAGACAACAAGCCAUUAGCUACGGUCACUUAUCAUGGAUUUGCCGAUUUUACUACCACAGUUGGCGAUACUGUUAUAGUGUUCUCUCCUAGUACAUCACCAGCAGCACCUGUUGGUCGUCCAGCUACCACGAUUAAAGGUGACGCUACGCUUAGACCCGACGAUGGUGUAGCAGUUGUCAAAAUUAGACCUACCGCUGUCUUCGGGGAUCACAAAACGACGAAUUUACCCUCUGACAAGCAUACAGAAGCUAGUAUAAAUAACGAGACGACAGAUGAAUUAUUGGAUAUUAUCAAUGGAGGUAAUAUUCAACCAAGUGUUGUUGAAGAAACCGAAAUCGAAUCAUCUUCUAGGUCUACCGAUCCAUUAUUGUUAAUACCUGAUAUAGGAAGAAAUUCGAUCAAACCCACGGGUCUUAUUAAAGUUAUAGAUUCCAUGACAUCUUCCGAUGGUACUACCACUCGUUAUAAAAGUCUUAUUUAUGGUACUUACAUUGGCACAAAUUAUGCUCAAGUUAUUCAUACUUCUUCCAACGUAUACUUCUUCCCUAAUACUGCUACAAUAACGAAUAAUAAUGAGGAAGAUACUACCGAGGAAUAUGAAUAUACUAAUAUAAAUGACGAUGAAGAAGAACAAGAUACGACUAUUGAAAUGGCUAUUAGUACAACACCGCAAGUAAUAACGACUAGCGAAGAAGCAUCACCAGAAAUGAACGAAUUAACGACUCCGUUCAAAGAUACCACAGACAGUGUAUUAACAACGUUAAAAGAUAUUUUAGAAAGUGCGAGAAAAGUUUUAGGAACAACUGAUUCAGCAUUGCCAACAUUCGACGAUGGAAUACCUAACGAUAUUCUAUCUGGGGAUCCUCAGGGACGUAGCAUCAAAGGUGGAUCAUCUAGAAACGAAUAUGAUCAAGACAAAAAUCAUGUACAACAAGUAGUAGAUUCCGUUGAUGCGAAACAACAAAUUACAUUUGCAACGAAACUUCUUCCUUCCACCGUAUACGAAACAUUUACAUAUUACACAACUUUCUUCAUUCCUGAUAGCAAUGGCGGUACGACUACGUCGAUAAAAUCGCGAGAAGUGACAUCAUCCGAAGUUACUUUCUUGACAGAAUUCAUUUCGCCAAGUUCAACCGAAAGCUUUAUUUAUCCUACAAAAUCAGAUACUUCAUUAAUAUCGCAACAGAUAACGAAUUUGCAAUCGCAAUUUGAUCAGGAACAAACUACAAAACAGGACGAAGAGAUAGAAUUAAUAUUUAAAACGUUAUAUACAACUUAUACAUACUUGACAACAUUUUUCCAAAAAGAUACGUCAAGUAUUUCUAGUAGAGAGGUAGUUGAGACUAAUGUUAUUACGCAAACUGUUGGACCCAAUGGUGUAUCAGCUGCAGUAGCUAGUCUUUUUGAAAAAGAUGAGCCUAUCCUGAUAAGUCCCACCGAGAUAUCACAAACUAUCUUGCCAUCAAUAAUUUCUCAACAAGGUGGAGAAGAUUUAGCAACAACUCCAGAGUAUUCAGAAUUUACAGGAAAGGAAAUUACUGAGGGUAGUUUAACCACUGUUCAGGAUGAUGACGAAACUACGAUCAGUGAACAUAUUAGUACUGUACCCACUGUGUCCGAAGAUGAAUUUGAAGAUACUGAAAAGGAAAUAACUCAACUCGAAGCCAGUCCAAUUUCAUCAAGUGGUAUAUCAACUGGUAUAAUGAAACAACAUCAGUUGAAAACCUAUUAUACAACUUAUACAUAUUUUACAACUACUUUUGUCGAUGAUGAAACGGAAAUAGAAACGAGGACGGAAGUAUUCACCAAUGUUGUGACAGAAACUAUUCAAUCAAGCCCAACAAUUACUGUCUCACAAGAAUCCACAUCGUCUACGUUGCCACCUCAGACAACUACUCCUAAACCAGCAGUUCCACCAGAAAUAUUGGCAUAUUUGGAAGCAAUUCAAAGACAGAAAUCUCAAGAGGAAGCUUUCUUAUUGGCAAAAAAAGUUCAAGCAGAAGCUAAUGCUCCGGAACAAAUUAACGGUCAAAGUGAGACUACAUUGAUCACUGAAGCUAUCACCGAAGAUUUCACUGAAAUUCCAACAACAUUGGAACAACAAUCUUCUACUGAAAAUAUAUUUCGUGAUAUUGAAAUCAAUGGACAAGUAACACCAAAUCCUCCGAUAAAUGGUGAAGUUUUAGGAUCAAUGAUUACGGAUGUUCUUUCAUCUUCCAGUUCUGGUGGUGGUACUGUUUUGGAUGUUAUGGAUAAAAGAAAUGCCGUACCAGAGGAUCAAGAAUUAUCAGAGUCGAAUCACCAGGACGUUGAACCUCCACCAACGCUCCUAUUACAAACUAGUUACACAACAUUUACUUAUUUUACGACAAUGUACAAAGGUGAUUCGUCUAAUGUUGCCAGUCGUUUGGAAACGGUAACAAACGUUGUCACAGAAACUAUAAGACCAACGGCUGCGUUACCUGCAGAAGAGUCAAGUACAUUGCCAGUUACUUAUUUCACAACCUUUACGUAUUGGACAACAUUUUACAAAGGUGGCGAUACUUUGACAACGAGCCGUGAAGAAACAGUUAGUACAGUUGUAACUCCAGAUGUUGCAGCUACGCCAACUGUACAAUUGGAAAUGGUAAUGACAUAUAGACCAGCAGAUUCAACGUCAUCGUCAUCGCUGAUUGAAGAACAACUGUUUAGUGACACUAAAGCUAAGAUAACAGCUGACAAUGAAGUUACACCGUCAGACAUUCCAUUGCUUGAAAAAUCUCUUUUAGAAACAACUACAACUACUAAAGGUAAAGAAAGCAACGAUGAUAUGACGAUAACUGAUGAAAACACCUCGGUCACUAAUUUAGAACCAACAACGUUCUAUACUACAUAUACAUACUUUACAACAACGUAUGCAGGUAACGAGACUAUUUUAAAUAGUAGAUUAGAAACUGUAACUAGUGUCUUCAAACCUAAUACGACAGAACCAAAACUGGAACCAACUGGACGUGCAAUUGGUAAUGGCAUAUAUCCCGAAGUUCAAGGAUUAGAAAAAGAAAGUAAAUCUAUAGCACCAUCGAAAGCCGUAGAAAUUCCUAAAACAGGAUUACUAUCAACUAUUCGUUCUAGUAAAAUUCAAGAUGAUGUUACAACGCAUUAUAUGACCGAUGUAUAUGGUACCAUCAUUGAUGGUCUUUAUGCACAAGUUAUGGAAAGUUCAACCAGCUUAGAAACAGCUUCGGUUUUAGCUACCCCUGUACUUCCUACAGGAGUACUGUCCUUAAAUAAAGGUAGCGUGAUAGAUGCAGAUGGUAUAACUACUGUUUAUUUUACAACCAAACAGAUUGGUACUUUAAUCGAUGGUGUAUAUGCAAAAGUUAUUGAAAAUAGUUCUAGUACCAAAAUUGACGAAAGCAAAAAGCAAACUAUUUCAUCGAGCCCCAAACACAGAACCGGAUUGGUGCGAUUGAUCGAAGGUCAAAUUGAAAAUGAUGGCAUCACGACCUAUUAUCAAUCCAAAGUUAUUGGCACUAGUAUCGAAGGCAGAUAUGCACAAAUAAUUGAAAGCACUUCCAGUUUUGCAUCUACUGCAGCAACUUUAAGUAUUGCACCAACGUCAACUUUAUUACCAAGUACUUCGAUAGGAAUUGUAGAAAUAUCACCAUCACCUGCCGUAAUUCAAUCAUCUUUAGCAGAAGAUCCUACAACGGAAUCUCCUGGACAGAACGAAGAUUCCGAAGAAAAUGAAGAGAAUGAAGAAGAGGAUGAUCAACAAGAGGACGAUCGAAGUUCAAGGAAAAAAUCAAGAUUAACAUUCUCAUCGAGGAAAAAAUCUUUUACUCCGGUAAUUAUACCAUUUGCAUCUAGAAAUCGACCGACAUUUAAUCCAAAACGUAAAGGAGCACAAGGUGCAACAACUAUUACCAGAACAGAUAUAACACCUACAAUAACUGCAACGUUAGCUGGUAAAGGUAAUAGAUUCGCAUCAUCAAGAGGACGCAUUAGUUCACCUAUUGGACCAUAUUCUUCGACGGUAUCACCAUCCAGUUCGAGAAGAUUUUCUGGAAGAAGAAAUACAGCAUCAGCAACGACGAGUUCUAUCAAUUCGGCAACAGCAGGAGCUCGAGGUAGAGGAGCAUCUAGAAUAUCACCGUCUUCUGUAGGAAAUAGACGAACACCUGCUACUAUUAGAGGUUCUUCAAGAGGUUCACAACGUGGUUCAAGUUCCAUAUAUCCAGGAGCAUCGUCCAGAUACAGACCUGGUAUACGAGCGUCAUCUACUUUAUUACGAGGACAAUCGACUAUUAGGCAAGACGAUCAAGAUAACGACGCCAAUGAAUUCACCACGACUACUUUAGUGACGGAAGAAACUCCAUAUACCCAGGAGACCGAUGACGGGGAAACAGUUACUAUACCUCUUCAAACAACAACUGAAUCUUCUCGAAGAUCUACGAAUCCACUUUUAAGAUUCCGUAGACCGAUUAACUUUAAUAGCGGAUCGUCAAGAGCAAGCACAACUCCAAAGUCCACUAAUAGAAACAACAAAUCUAACUCGCCUAGCAUACCAAAUAGAAAUGUUGCUUCUCGAUUAAAUAAUAGAUCUACUCCACCAACACCAACUAGACCUCGUCAAACAAAUGCAGGUUUCUUUCCGCCUCGUGGAUAUUUUAGCAGGAAACAGGAAUCGACUGUAGAAGAUCAGAUCGAAGAUACUGAUCACGAAGAAGACGAAGAUAUCGAAGAAGAUCCAGUUGAAGAAAUUGCGGAUAACGAUUAUGAAGGUUCAGAACAUGAAGACAAAACUUCAGCUACAAAUAUCAAUGGCAAUCGUCGUUUUGGUAAAACGCUUGGUCCAGUUGCACAAAUCAGACCAUUUGGGUUCUAUGGAAGAGGAAAGAGAGUUCGUCGUCAGGCAAAUCAAUUGAGAUCAUUAACUAGUCGCUUUAGAAAAUCCAAACUUAUGGCAAGCAAAACCGAUGAAACAAUCGACGUUGUUGGUAGUCCAUCUAACGUUGAAGAUACAACAAAAGCAUCGAUAAAACCAGUUGCUCGAUACAGUGCUCGUACUAGAACUUCAACAGGUCCACGACCUAAUCUGAAGUCAUCAAAUAAUCAAGAAAAAUCGCAAACGGACACGACAGAAACAUCUACGAGUCAAUUGAGUCAAUCAAAUAAAUCUAAUAAUGGAAGAACGAAACAAAUUACUAAUAGUAACAGUAGAAGUACAUCCUCGAGAAUAAAACCCUCCCCGACGUCAGGCAAUAGUAGACAAUUUACUCUGAGGGAGAAAGAUUCGUUACAAACUAGAUCUAGUUACAAAAGGUCGCAGUCCUCGGGAGCUAGAACUACCAGUAGAACAACGAACAAAGCAACAGAUAAUGCCAAAGCAAGACCGCCAAGACUAAGAACUAACUCUGGAAAAAGUCAAGUGGAAUCGAUUAAUAGUUCCCGCAGAGUUUCUCCUUCGCGUGCUACAUCUAGAACUUCUAAUAGAAACGGAAGUACCAGAAGAACUUCGCAAAGGGGAAGAACUUCUCACGAAGACAUUAGAGAAUCUCCAAUGGUUUAUCCAGAUUUUGAUGGAACCAUAACAGUAACUCAUUAUGUACCAACGGAAGUAACCAUACCUGUAGUAAAUAAUGGUGUAACCGAGCAACGCAAUAUUAUAACGGCUCAGCCCAGUACUGAAGUCCUUGGUCCUUCUCAGUACAGUACUGUUACAGGUGGAGAUGGUCGACCACUGGUAGUUAUCGUCAGCGAAGCUACAGGUAUUAAUAGUCAAGGUCAAACCGAGAUUACACGAUUUUUGCUUCACGAAACGCCUACAACGCGGGUUUCUCAUACACUUACCACUUUUGGUGGUCGGAGAGCUUCACAAUCAGUGAUAGUACCUACAACAGUUUAUUCAGUUGAAAAUGUAGUUUCUACAAUACGACCUUCUCUGCCUACAAAUCCACCUCUUGCGAAUAUCCUUUUAUCACAAUUGCUUCUGGGUCAGCUAAAUCCACAGAACCAAUUACUACAGCCUCAAGGUACACCCACUACGCAAUAUAACACGCGUACCACUACCUACGUCACUACGAUUACGAAACAUCAAAGCACCGUCAUUCCACUUACCUUCCGCGGUAAAGAGAUCUUAACUACUUUAAUAGACUCCUCAAGCGACAUUGUAACCGCAACGGAAUUUAUCACAGACACUGUUGUAGUCACACCAACGGCAACAUUGCCAGCUGCCAAUUUGAACUCUUUACUCUUGUUGCUUCAACAACCCCAACAACAAAUACAACCCAAUUCAAAUCCUUUGUUGGAUCCCUUGUUUGCCGCUGCUCCGUUGUUAACGCAAAGUAACACUUUACCGGGUGAAGUUGAAAGGCGACAUCAACCAGCAGAUUCGGAUUAUAAACCAGACAGUUAUGAAUAUUCGGACGAAGAUCUAGAGGAAUAUGAAAAACCAUCGAGAGUUCGAGGUGGACGGGAUAGGUCGUCUCAUGAUAGAAGAGAAGAUCAAUCAGUUACAUCGAAAGCUGCUGAAUCUAGCGUAGUGACGCUUUAUGUCUCUGGUCGAAGACCUGGAGAAUUUAGCACAGUAUUGAGUACUGUUAAAAUUGGAGAACAAGCAACAGCAUCCAGAAGACGAAGGAACAUAAAUAGAUCUGUUAAAGUACAACCAUCGAUUCCACCGUCCUUACAUGCGGGUUCAGAACCAUAUGCUAUUCUGACAGGAAGCGAAGAUACUCUCGACGCACAUACGCCAACGCAAAGCCUUGAAAGUGUAGUAGAUUAUAGCAGAUCGUUAAAUGAUGAUAGCGCAUAUGUUGAUAACGAAGAAAAUCAGGCUUUUGAAAGUUCUGUCUCAGAUGAUAUUGACGAAUAUCCCGAAAUUAGACCACGUAAAAAAGUUAGAAUUCGUAUUCCCGUAAUUCGAAGUAAAGUUCCAAAGAAGCAUAAACUCACUGUGGUCAGACGUAGACCUUUAACACCAUUUACUAGAAAUGAACAAACGCCCACCAAAAGAAUUGUCACGAGAGUUAGAGCAUUAGGAUUGGCGCAUACCAGACCCUCAGCUACAGAUCUAACCGAUCUAGAAAAUCUGACAACCGAGACUACACGUCACAAAAUUACAAUUACACGAAGAAGAAAACUCGAACCAACAGCAAGUACCGUGACACCAAAAAGAGUAAGAAUUACAAGAAAAAAAUUAGUUGCCGUGAGACCUAUAGAACCAACGACAACGUUGGCUAUUAUUACUACAGGUUUUUUUACUGCAUCUUCAGAUUAUAGUGACGAAUAUGAAGACGAAGAAAAUAUAGAAGAUAUCGAAGAUAUCGAAGAUGAUAAUCAUCCUACUUCUACUCCCAGUCUUGAAGAAACGCCUAAUAUAAUUGAAAGUAAACCAGAAGAUGAAGAGUUAAAUGAAUUCAAAUCAUCAACAUUAGGCGUAACAUCGGUAUACGAAAUUAUCGAUGAAAUGCCCGUAAUAAUUACAGACAAUUUUUUCUUUCCACCAUCCGAUGACGAGGAAGAUGAAAGUUACGAAGAUGAUAAUUAUACAGAAACAACAACGUCUGAUAUACCUACUUCGUUGAAUGAAAAAGACAAUAAAGUGCAGAAUGAUACCCAAUUAGAAAAUGUUGAUGUUAACAAAAUUACAUCAAAUGUUAAUGAAGAAAUCCUCACAAAUCCUGUCACAGAAUCUGAAACAUUAAAUAAAAAUAUAACAUCAAAUGCAGAUACUAUCGACAUAUCAUCGGUUAGCAGCACUGCAACAUUGUUACCGUCUAUAACAAUACUAGAAUCUACUGACGUUCUAAAUGAAAAUAAUAGUUCUAAGCUUGAUAUAUUAGAUUCUACUACGGAGACUUUACAUGACAUUAUAAAGACAACGACUCCUUUACCUGAAGAAGAAACAACUUUUGUAACGGAGGAAACAACUCCUGUACAAGAAGAAACAACUUUUGUACAAGAAGAAACAACCCUUGAACAAGAAGAAGAAACAACUCCUAUACAAGUAGAAGAAAUAAGUUCUUUACAGGAGGAAGAUAAAUUUUCUGUAGAAACAAAUGGUGGAAUGACAGAAAGUACGCUUUUUGAUAAGUUAAAUACAUUAAUUGCAACUGAAAAAACAAGUACCGCUACUAUAUUUGAAAAAUCAAUAGAACAAAGUACCAUAGCACCAGAUGUAAUGGAAGAACAAUCAGUACCAACUAUUUCAGAAACAAUCAAAACUAAUAUGGAAACAAAUUCUGAACCUUCAUUGAUAAGCAACGAUAUCAAAGAUUUGGAUGCAAUGAAAGAUAUUAUUAAUACUUCUAUAAAUGAUUUGACAGAUACCAAUGUAACUCGAAACUCUAACGAAGAACAAAACGAUGAUGAGAUGUUAGCAGUAAAACCUAUACAGUCGUACAAUGUAUUUGAAACUCCUACAAUACUUAUUCCAAUAAAUACACCCGAAACAGUAAUUGAUAUUACGUCCAGUUUGAAAACUUCUGACUCAAAAAUAUCCUUAACACCAAAUUCCUCUAUUUCUUUGAACUACGAUGAUUCUUACAUACCAAGCGUAAUUCCUCUUAAUGCAGAAUAUACUACCAUAUCAAAUAGCCCUGAAAUUCAAAUUAAAACAACAAAUGUUUUAACUUUCAAUCUUACAACAACUAUUCCUUCGGCCACACCAGAAGAUAUCGAGGCUGGUCUGGCAGAUGAUCUUUAUCUAUCACUAUCGCGACCUGAUUUCUCCGAAAUCGUAACAUCCAAAUCAGAAUCAACAUCAUCCCAAUAUAUCCCGUUAGAACCUAGUACAAGUAUUUACUACACAGAGACAAUAGUAACAUCAACACGAUUGAGAACUUAUACAUACAUAGUAACAAAACUGAAUGGACUCGAAACCCAAGUGACAUCUUCUACGACCAUUAGACCAAGAGUGACGACACUCACUUUGACGGUGCCCAUCACGGUAACUGUCACUCCCACCAUGGAGUCAACAGUCAACACAUAUUCAUCUAUAUAUAAUGCAGUAUCUGUUUUUGGAGAAGAUAAAUCAAAAGAAGAGGAAGAGGGAAGAAAACUUAAUCUAGCUACACGUGUCAUGUCUAAUGGAGUAGAAGUUAUUGUAGCAGGACCAACUCCAGCUUUGAGAUGGGAAAAUUCAAAUCCUCAACCAACUUUGACAUUAUCAGAUACAGUAGUUAUGUUAUUGCCACAAGAAAAGUCUAACGAUUUUGUUACAAAAUCAUGUACUACUACAUUCACGUAUUUUGGAACAAUUAAUAACAGUGGAAACUCUGUUAUCCCUACAGAGAUUAUACAUAAUACAGCUACGGAAGAACGUCACAAGAAACCUGGAUCAGAAACAGCAACUGAUGUCUUAAAACCAUCCCCAACAUUACGUACGGAAAUGCACAAAACGACACAUACGUAUUUAACCGUAGACACGAAUCAUGCUAAUAUGGAAGAUUCAUCAUUGAUAACUAAUACGAAAGUUGUAACAAAUAAAAUCACAACACCUCAAGACUAUUUGCAUAUGAUGUUGGAACCCUCAGAAGUAUCGCAUACAGAAACAAAUACCUAUUUAAGUACCAGAAUUUUGGAAAAAACUUAUAUGGAAGAUGGUCAUACCAAAGUGAAAACAAGUGAUACAAUUACUCAGUUAAUAGCAACUGAAUCUGGACUACCGCCGAACCCUACCAGUGUCAUUACUACUUUAACAGCUUUAGAUAGUACUGAAGAAUCUAUGACUGAUAUAAUGAAGACUUAUUAUAUCACAUAUACAUACUAUAAUACAUUGUUUGAGAAAGGUACAUCUGUUAUACGUACAAACGUUGCAACUUCUACAAAUGUUGUUUUAGAAAAGAUACCUAUAAAAGAUACAUCUACGACAAAAAUAACACCAAUCAGUUCUACACCCGAACCUAUACAAAUUUUUGCUACUAAAACGUAUCUUACGACGUUUACUUAUUUUACAACACUUUUACAGGCUGGGCCUGAUGGUGAAACAUCGACAACCAUAUCAUCUCGUUCUCACAUUAUAGAAAAUGUGGUAACAGAAUCAAUAGCUCCAAGUUUACUCGACGCUGGUUACAUGAAUGCUUUACUCACAACAGCGUACCAUUCUGAUCCAGUAAAGAAUGUGGUUACUGGUUCAACAAUUAUUUUCUUUGAUGAGGAAGAUCAGAUUGAUCCAACUGCAUCUAGCAGUUUAGUAGAAUCUACUACAUCUCUUGGAACAGAAAAAGAUGAAACAUCUUCUGAGAAUUUAUCAUUGAACGUAUUAACGAGUGUAUCUUCAGAUUCAGCAGAAUCAACUAUCAAUCGAAUUGACUAUGUAAAUAAUAAGGAUAAUAAUAUGACAACAUUGUUGAAUAAUACUGCUGAACAUAAACAACCUUCAACCCAAGAAGGAGGUGACAUUCAACUGAGCAAUCUUCUACAUCUAGGAUCUUUAGGGAUCAAUGGUCUAUCUGCUUUGAAACCUGUAAUUACAGCAAUGGCUGGUUUAUUACAAGGAAAAACUGCAAAUCGUAAAAAUGAUACAGAAUCUUUAUCAGUAAGUCAAGAAACUACUACACAGAGAUCACCUAUCUACAUUCCAGUAGCAGAAUUCGCUGAUGAUGAUAUUGAAGCUGCAGAAAGUCAGAAUAUAGCUACUCAUUUGGUCAAUCCUAAGAACAAUCACAUAGCUGAAACAAGACACAAAGUUACCAGUAGUUUAGCCGAUGGUAUACCUAUUUCACCAGGUGAAGUAAUAACAGCUAAUAGUGAUGUCAUUAUUGGGAAACCUGGUAAGAUGGCACCAAGACCACCACAAAAUUUUGUUCAUGAAGAUGAACAUAUUGGAAUGAAACCACCACCAUUACCAGUUCCAAAUAUUCCUGUCCAUCCAGUUUUAGAAAUUCUUCAAAACAAUCGUGAAGAUUUUCAAGAACAACAUCCUCCUAAAAUUUAUCAAGAACAACUACAAAUUAUACCAUCUCAUAGGAUUUAUGAAGAACAUUUAAAAAUCCCACUUUCUAUGUCACUAAAUGCAAAACUUCAAGUAGUUCCAACACAACCCCAAAAACUGCAUCCUGUUGAGUCUGUUCAGACAAAUAAGAUCGAAUUAAAACAUGAAUAUAUACAGCAUGAUCCUUUAUUAAAACCACCUGAUAAGCCAGGUAUAGAUAAGCAUAUAAACAAGCAGUCUGAAUGGAGUACAAAUGGGUCUAGAGGACCAUGGGGAGCAACAAAUCCAUUAACACCACCUGCACUGCCAGUUACAUUUGGCGAUCUUUAUUCAGAGAAUCCAGCCAAUGAUAAAUCUUGGUCUACAUCGUUUAAACAACAACCAAAUCCAAAUUGGGACACUUCACCUAAAAUUCAAACGUCAGAAGCACAAUCAUCUCCAUCCGAACCGAUCGUUCACCAAGUCCCACAUAUUAUUGAUAGAUCAACAGGUCAAUCUUUACUUGUUAAUAUUCAACCUAGUCAAGUAGCAAAUGUUAUGAUUCCUCAAGAUGGGACACAGGCUUUAAUAUUUGGAGAUACAGGAGAACGUCACAUUAGUGGUCAAUAUUUUGACGAUCCAUCGCCAUAUCCAGAACCUGAAACUGCUCCUGGAUUUGUUGGAAUCCAAAAGGCAGAGGAACUAUUUCAAAAUUUACACGGGAAAGAUCCACUGAAUUAUAUGGUUCCGCCAUCACCCCCAAAUAAUUUCAAAUCAGCUAUACAAAAAACAGAUUCUUCCAACAGACAACACAUAAUCAGGGUGCCGCAAGUUCGUUUCGAUCAUAUUAAACCACCAAGUAAACUAGAACCACCUUUUACCAGACCUGAUAGAAGACCACCAGCAGGAAUUCAUGUUUUGAAACAAACUCAUCAAAGUAGCAUAACAAAUGGCCAAGGUUUCGUUCACAGCGAAAUUUUAGUUCAUCAUAGACCAGAAACUUUAAAUUUACAAUUGGUUUCACAUCCACCAAUUCUUUCUAAUGAUCAUCCCACUAAUUCAUUCUCUUCUAAUGGACAAUUUGUCAACAAUCAAAAACCUAUAAAUACUUUACCAACUGUUCCAUCUAGACGAGCAGAAUCAACUGUCCCAACUGAAACACCACAUAUAUUUAUGUAUCACAAUAAACCAGAUUCAGGAAACGAAGUUAUUUCCAACACUAAUUGGAAAUUAAACAAAAAACCACCAAGAAUUACGCUGAACAAUCGCUUAAGACCCCAAUCCGUAUUAAGACCAACUAUUCAUCGGCCCCACAACGGCAGGCCGCAUAUUGAAAAGCCUAUGAAUUCUCAUACUACAAAAACAACAUAUCCUGUGUCUCCAAAAUUACCGUUCAAAUCACAAAAUACUGCUCUAUUACCUCAUCAAAUUUCAUCGAAUACAUAUUUACAAUACGAACUUACAAACAAGCUAGCAUCAACAGGAACGAAAAAUAUAAACAAUGUAACAAAUCAAGGAAUUACUCAUAAUUAUCAAGUAAACUUUGAAGAUCGAUUACCUCAAAGUAAUCCGGAAAAAACUAAUCCACCAAACUCCUAUAUGGAAGAAUCUAUUACUAAAUGGAAUAAUAAUCAGGUGCCCACUGGAGCAAUAGAAUAUCAUAAUCCUUCAUAUUUCAAAAUAAAAUCGGCAAAUACUGAAUAUCAUUCGCCGAUGCUAAUUACUAAUUCCAAGAAUCAAACUAUUGAUUCUAAUAUACUAAACCAAUCCAAGCCAUUAGAUUCUGAGAUUGCUGAAUCAGAACAUAUAAAAUCACAUGAAAAUAUUGAUUCAAGUGAAAUUAAUUAUAAAAAUAAACAAAAUGUAGUAAUAAACAGUACAGAUUCUGUAAACAAUUAUGGAAUAAUCAAUGCAGGUAAUAUUCUCCAUGGUAAACCAUCAAUUACUGGACAAGAUUUGACGUACAAUCAAAAUGAAAAUACACCCAUUUUAUAUCCAGGUGAACCUUUCAAAUUAAAAAAUAAUAGCUUUAGUUCGCAAAAUGAAACCUUUUACAGUACGAAACCAUUUGAGGUACCUGUUGCUGUUGUAAACAGCAAGCCACAUGAAAUGUAUGAUAGCAAUGUUAAUCAUGAUCAAAAUCAUGAUCAAAAUCAUGAUCAAAAUCAUGAAUAUAGAGAAAAAGAAAGUGAAUUUGUUUAUGAUACAAUUAAAGGAUCUUCUUCUGUUAAUGAAAAUAAUGAAAAACCUUUGAUGCAUCAUAAUGAAAAUGUGCAAUCAUCGACGUUACGAUACUCUUAUGGACAAGAUGACAACAUAGAUGAUCUGAAGCCACCUGCCAUUGUUCCACAAUUCAGGCCUAUUACCGACCAUGAAUCAGGCGAAUUUUAUUCUAAAAAACAUAUUAUUGUUACUCCUGAGACAAGACCUACUCGUAUACCAGCUGUGGAAAUAAUAACUAAACCAAAUGAUAUGUUAAAUGUUAAACAAAAGAGUAAUGUUAGUUAUAUUAAUAAUUUGAAUACACAAAAACAUAAUUUUGAUAGUUUGACGAAUCAAAAUUCACAUAAGGAAUAUAAAAUAGGUCAACAACAUGAAAGUAUCUCUGAAGAUGUGGUUGAAAAACAAUAUGCUAGGCCUAGUUGGAAUAUUGGUACUUUAGAUACUAACAUAUAUAUGACACAAAAGAAAUCAGAAAUAAAGCAGAAUGAGCUUACGAAUUAUACGAUUCCUGUUUCCAAUGAUAAGAAAGUUUAUUCAAGAAUACAAUCAUUGGAAACAAAAACGAAUAAUCCAUCACAUUUUCUUGAACAAGGAUUAAUCACUGGAGUACAUCCUGAAUAUCCACAUAUUAUAAGAAAACCGAAACCACAGGUUCCAGACCCUGUUAUUAUCUCGAGUACUGGAAUGAAAUCAAAUUCACAUAUCAAAUCAAACGUUCAAUUCUCCAUGCCAGUUGAGAUUACCGACAAUGAACAAGACGAUAGUAAAACCCAAACAGAAAGACCUCCUAGCAUGUUAAUAAUAAAGUCUAAUUCAUUGAAAAAUAAAAAUCAAGAUAAAGAGAUACUUGAAACUGCUUAUCAAACUAAUUUUGCUUCAUUAGAUUCAGUAAUAGGUAGUUCUGAAAAUCAGAAAAUGAAAAGUAACUCACACAAUAUGAGCACUCACAGCAAUGCUCCAAACAUGUUGUUCAAUAUAAAAGAACCUAAAGUUCCUUCGAGAGAUAUGAUGCCACCACCUUUGAGCUCUGUUUCGUCAAAAUUGGAAGACGAACAACAACAACAACAACAACAACAACAACAACUGAGACCUCCACCUCCACCAUCUAAUGAGGUUGUUGGUUUAUCACCUCCACCAUUAGAAAUUACAAGCACGUACAGACCAUUGCAACAUAGACCAGAUCCCAUUGUUAUUAAUGAGCCAGAUUUCAAAUUAUCUUCGAAAUAUAUUCCAUUACAGGAAUUAACGAAAACAACAAUAGUUCCGCAGCCAAGCAUAAAAUCUUCCAAUCUUAGAAUGACUGUAACCAAAUUAUAUCUUCCUGAACAACUUUCUGAAAGAAUGGUACCAUCCCUUCCAGCAUUACAAACCAAAUCUCAUGAAAUAAGUACAACAAAAAUAAGUCAUUUGCCAUUUGGAUCAACCCAAAAGCCAACAGCAAGUAUAUCUAAUAUUUACAUCAAUCAGUAUAUGAAAUCAAAAUACGCAACAACACAAAAUACGAUAAAAACGUCCAUUACUAGCACGCCAAUCAUACGUGCUUCUAUUUCAACUAAAGGAAUGGAACACUCCAGCAGUUCUAGAGUAUCAAUGCAUCAAACUGCUAUCACCAAAACAAAAAAUACAGUUACUUCGACGCAAAUAAAAUCAACUGGUGAUCAGAUCAAAUCAAGCAAACCGUUAUUAAAAUCUGAUAUUAAACCAACGAAAUCAUUAACAUUUGAAAUGUCACAUACUUCUGUUAAAUUGGCAGAGCAACCUAUAUUUUUACAAUCAAGUCACGACUUUAUUUUGUCAUCUGUUAGCACAGAACCUACAGAAUCUCUUACAUUUGUUGUAAGCACCGAUGGCAUUAAAGAAUCCGAUAAAUUACCGAAUCAUGAAAUAAAUCAAACAAAAGCAGACCAAAUAUUUGUAGCCGUGACACAAACAGAUAAAUCAUUAAGUAAUACUGAUUCAUCGUCAACAAAAUAUGUAGAUUUAAAAAUAAAUGAGACAACUAGUGAAACUAUGAAAUCUAACUUAGGAACUGUGAUACAUGAAAAUACCUCUGACACAAAUAUUGGAUUAAAACCCAAAGAGAUCGUACGGAUUAAAAUGUCAACGUUAACAAAAAUAGAAACAUUUGCGGUAGGAUUACCACCAACAACAAGAACAUUUUUGCUUACUCAUACGAUGACUUCGACUACUGUAGAAACAGUAACAGAAAUUUUACAUCAUCCGACCAAUACACUUGCUACUGUGACGCCAAGUAUUUUGCAAUCUGUGGUAACGCAGGUACCAUCAAUUUAUGAAAAUAGUAUCGAUAAUGAUUCGAUCUUUGUGGUAAUGAGCGAUCAAAAGCCACCUGAGCCUGGUGCUGAAGAGGUAGAAGCAGAAUACGGCGAAGAAGACAUUUCACGGGAUGAACAAAGUCCUACAAAUAAUGAGAUUCAUAGAGUUUUAGCUGGAGGUAUUUUAGGUGCACCUGUAGUACCUGUUCGACCUACCAAUCAAUGUACACCAGAAUGUAAAGGAUCUAAAGCAGAAACAUGCGUUGAAGUAGAAAAUGAAAUGAGAUGCGUCUGCCGGCCAGGAUUUGCAAGAAUGUUCCCUGAUCGGCCUUGUAAACCAACUUAUACGUAUACAAUGUAUGUUGGACUGGAUCGUAUUGGACACGAAUCUAUAACUUAUGAAGAAGGUUUGAACGAUUCUUCAUCUCUAAUAUACAGAAGACUUGCUGGUUCAGUAAAAGAUGCUCUAGAUAGAACACUAAUGCAAAGUGAUCUUAGAGAUAUCUAUAGAGCUCUAAAGAUUUCCAAAUUUACUUCGGAUCCAAUGAAAGUAGUAUUUUAUGUACAACUCAGUGACAAUGCUAAUGAAACAAGAUUAAAGGAAGUUUUUAGAAAAUAUUUAGUUGGAAGUAAUUAUAGUUUGGGUGGUACUGAAGUUUAUGCCUCUAAAAAUCUUGAAUUGAUUCAUGCAUCAGACUUUGAUGAGUGUUCGAAUGAAGAGGAUGGUCCUCAUCAUGAUUGUUCACCAAACGCAGCUUGUUUCAAUUUACGAGGAUCUUAUCAGUGCUCUUGUAAAGAAGGUUGGGCAGAUUUGUCAGAGAAUCCUUCAUACCCUGGAAGAAUAUGUUCACAAGCACCGAUAGGUUGUGCAGGAUGCAAUAAUAAAGGGCAUUGUAUAAGUAAUAUUCAUGGUCAUGAAAUUUGCGAAUGUUUCCCAUGGUAUAGUGGCCAACGAUGUCAAGUUAAUUUGAAAGUGAUGCUGAUAGCUCUAGUAACAACAGGUGCCAUCUUGUUGGGUUUGCUAGCUGUAUGUGUUGGCUUAGCAUGCUUUAGACAACCCGUUCAUAACAAGCAUACUUCUGGAGAUACUCGUGCAAUGAUUUCUGGAGCAGGUGGUGAUACUAGCAGCGAAGAUAGUGUCGGUGAUGUAACUAUACCUUAUCACGUUCCACACGUUUUACCACCACCACCACAAAUGAUAGCACCAUUACCUCCAAUGAAGAGACCAAUUAGAAAAAUCAGUGAAAAAUUACAUGACCCAUCAAGAAAGACUAUUGUGACUGCACCAGAAAUAACUAAUGAUGAGCAAAGAGAUCGCUCAUUAACUGUUAUGAUUCCUCGUGCUAAAUAUCGAUCAGCUCCUCAGUCACCGAAAAAUUACAAAACUACAUUGAGCACAUUUGUAACUGAUGAGAAUAAACUUAUAAACUACCUUGACAAUGGUUCUCAACAUCCAGUAAAUCGAAAGCAAAGUAUAUCAAGUAUGAAAGAUUGUAAGGAAUCUGAUUUACAGGCUGCAAGAGCACCUGCAGUGUCAACUGGUGCACUUGUCAGUGCCGGAUUCCAGGUAUCAGCAACGGUAACAAGAAUGAUAGAUGCAGAAUCAACGUUAGCUCGAUCAUGCGGAGAAACUACUAUAGAACCACCGACAAAAGUUAUGAAAAAUUGCGACAGUCAAGGCGAUCUUACAUCUACUUUAGCCCGUUCCUGCGAUGAAACAACAAUACAAACGCAAACAAAACUACUUAGACAAGAUUUAGGUGAAGCAGGAUCUAUUUUGGCAAGGUCUUGCGAAGAAACAACUAUUCAGCCAUUUACAAAAAUAGCAGCUACUCGAACAAAUAGUAUUAAAGAUACUAGAAAGAACAAAAAUUCGAGAGAUAAUGGUAGCGAAGGACACACGAUGGCUGAGAGAGAUUUGGGUAGUACUUUAAGACUUCCAGCUCACCAUCCACCACUUUAUAGCCCAGACAGAGUUAGUGAUAGAGAAUCUAAUUUUGAUUCUCUUUAAGAGAUCAAUCUCAUGACAGUAUAAAUAUAAUAAUAUAUGAGGAUUAAUCGAAUUAAGAUAAUUAUAUUAAAGACACAGCCGCUGGACGGUGGUCUUUGCAGCUGGUGGUUCAGUUGUAAAUACUGAAAUUCGAUGUUGCCAAAUAUAUAACAUCAUUUAAGAAAUACUUUUCACAUUUUCAAAUGAUAAAAUGAAGUGGUGAGACCAAAAAAGACAGUUUUUCUUUUAAACAAGACUCUAUUUCUAAGCUUUAGCUUUUUCUUCAUAAAAAGGAAGAUAUCAGGAGAAAUGUUAUAUUGUAAAUUGUUCGAAAAUUGUUCGAAAAUUUGAAAUAUCAUGAAUGCAGACAAAUUAACUAAUAUCUUGAAAAAUAUUAUUUAUUUCUAUACUUGCAUAAUAUUUGUAAGAACAGUUUGAAAUAUUGAACUUCAAGUAACAAUUUCAAUAUGAGCUUGAAAUGUUCAGAAAAUAAGGAUAAAAAAUGUAACUUUUAAAAUGACAAAUUUUAAUUGAUUUUUUCCAAUUGAUACUCCUUCCUUCAGACAUAUUUUGAUAAAAUAAUGAAAUGAGAUGUCGAUAAUGACAUAGCCAUGAAAUUCGUUCCUUUUUAAAUAAUUUUAAAGCAGUAUACAAAACUUAGCAAAUUUUGAGUAAAUAUCGAAAUAUAAUUAUUAUUAUAUCUAAAAACAAAAUAUUGAUAUUGAAAUUGUAUAAUUUAAAGAGAUUUAAUUUAUCUUAGCGAAUGCAAGAUGCCCAGAAAUUGAUUUUCUUAUUUCAUAUCUCCAAUUUUGUUGUUAUCUAAAUAAUAUAUAUUUCUUUGAAAAGAGGAAAAUACUCAAAUAUAACUAACGAAAGUUCUAAUCUAACAAAUAAAAUUUGUAUUAUUAACACAAAGAUAUAAAGAUAAUAAAUAUAGCGAUUAAGUUUAUAUUUAAAGAAAGAGGAAAAAAUGAACCCGCGCGCGAUUUUUCUGGGUAAUAGAAAUGUAACGGGUUGGAAACCGCGAUACUCUCGUACCUCUUUUAUUAAUGAACUUUUAUUUUUAUACGUCUAAAUAAACUAUUACACUUAUACAUACGCGCGAGCACACAAAACACAACACGCGUAUAAAAAUAUGCAUAAUAUAGAUGUAUUCUGUUGUACAUAUUGUUUCUCCCAAAAAUUCUAUACAAAACUAUUGUAAUUAUUUACUUGUACGUUAUAAUAAAAAUAAAAAUACAAUGAUUUUGAAUGUUA